AGGCCAACGAGUGAGCAGCGUCACACUCGACAGCACUCGAGAACUGCUGCUGGUUAGCGGAGGUGAUCUUUUCCUUUUCCGCCUCCACUUCUCCAACGCCACUUGUGGGAGGGAAGCAGGAGAAGGAGAGAGAGAGAAGGGAAAAGAAGACGAGACACUGGUAUAUUUUGGCAGAGCAAAAAUGUCCACUAUGUUCGGUGUCUUCCUGAUCGCUCUCCUUGUGACGUGUGAGGAGUGCGGUGGAAUGGCGCCUCCUGUGGUAGACCCGAGAGGAGGGAACGUUUUUCCCGCGCUGGGGUUCGAACUCUGCAGCUUGAUCGUCGCCGAUCAGACGAGGGUCGACUGCAUCGCUUGCUUCGCGGGAGCAGACUCCGAUUGGCUACAGGCCAAUGACUGUGUUGCAAAAUGGCUUCCGAGAAACCUUGCGAUUUGUGCUGAUGUUUCCAGGACUGGCAACAGAGACAACACUGAUAAUGGCAACGCAGGUGGCAACGGAGGCGAUAACGGCAAUGCAGGUGGCAACGGAGGCGAUAACGGCAAUGCAGGUGGCAACGGAGGCGAUAACGGCAAUGCAGGUGGCAACGGAGGCGAUAACGGCAAUGCAGGUGGCAACGGAGGCGGUAACGGCUUCGACGUCGUAGCCCAAAGCAAGCUUCAGAAUUGUCUAAGGAGAGAAAAAAAUAGCCAGAUAAGAGAGAAGGAUCGGGCCAGUGUUCUCUACAAGAAAGGAGGCCAGUUCCUAAAAAAUGUCGGGGACUCCAAGAUUAUUGAGGACGGAGGAGCCACCAUGUUCUCCUGCAUGGCGCAAGAACUGGUUCUGGGCGACAAAGGUUUAAGGUUUCCUCUGUGGGAACACUGUGGCAGCUGCUUCACCAGAUUCCAGAUGGAUCCGGUCAACGAACAGUGGCACUUGGGGCAGGGUCACAAGCCCGAGCCGGAAGGAGAGGAGAGAGCUGCACGAAAGGAUGGGCAGGGAGAGGUCAAGGCAGAGGUGAAGAAGCUGGAGAACUCCAGUCGACUAGGAGAAAGAAAUCUCGUCUAUGAAUACGGGUACGUUGGACAUGACAUGCCCUACCAUGGCAUAGGGCCCUUCGCGGUAGAUAUUCUAAAAGGAGAUUGCAUUUAUAAGAAACUGACAGAAACCGGAAGUCUGGAUGCCCUACUACUGGCCAUCUUGGAAAACGAUUACCCAGUGCCCGCUUGGAUUUUCAGACAGAUCUUGAACAACAUCGGCUCCAUCAACCUUCCAGCGUAGAGGAGACUCUAUAGGAAAUCGUGGAAUGUAAUAUCCUCCAAAUUCUGGGGAAUCGAAUCUACAAUAUAUACUGUUCACUGAUGUGUUAAAACACUCCUGUGGCGUCGCGAUGUGCAAUUCUACUCAUACUUCCUUUCUGACCGUAACAUGGAGGUGGCACUGGAUACAGACAAUUGUAUAGAAAGCUGUUAAUUAAAUAUAAUGUAAUAUGUAUAUAUAU